UGUAGCCAGCUCAAGCACCGCUUUGUCCUGCCCCCUCAACAACUGCGUAUAACACGGUUAAGAAAAGACGGGCUUUUUGAUUCACAAUUCUCAUUAACAGUGAGACUUGCGGCUUCACUUCAUUGCUGGAGCGUAUUUUAUAUUAGUGAUAUUUUAAAGCAAUUCCAAGCGGGUUAAAGCGCAGCAGCUGAGCUUUUCUUCAUUGCCGAAAGACUCAGUUGUAAAACUGACGAAUAUAAUGAUGACGACAUCAUGGAGUGAUCGACUUCAGGACCAUGCAGACCUCCCAGCAAACAUGGAUGGACUGGCCAUGAAGAAGUACAGGAGAGAGGCCUACCAUAGAGUGUUUGUGAACAGAAGUUUGGCCAUGGAGAAGAUCAAAUGCUUUGGCUUUGACAUGGAUUACACUUUAGCAGUAUACAAAUCACCUGAAUACGAGUCUUUGGGAUUUGAUCUGACUGUGGAGCGGAUGGUCUCCAUAGGCUACCCACAAGAACUGCUCAGCUUUGUUUAUGACUCUACUUUCCCUACAAGAGGUCUGGUGUUUGACACAAUGUAUGGCAACCUCCUGAAGGUGGAUGCUUACGGAAACAUCCUGGUCUGUGCCCACGGCUUUAACUUCCUGCGUGGCCCUGACAUCCGAGAGCUGUACCCAAACAAGUUUAUCCAGCGUGAUGACACAGAGCGCUUUUACAUCCUCAACACACUCUUUAACCUUCCAGAAACAUACCUCUUAGCCUGCCUGGUUGACUUCUUCUCAAACUGUGACCGAUAUUCAAGCUGUGAAACAGGCUUUAAGGAUGGAGACCUCUUCAUGUCAUUCAAGAGCAUGUUUCAGGAUAUUCGAGAUGCUGUAGACUGGGUACACUUUAAGGGAACGCUGAAGGAGAAAACAGUGGAAAACCUGGAGAAGUAUGUUGUGAAAGAUGCAAAGUUGUCAUUGCUGUUGAGCCGCAUGAAUGAAGUCGCCAAAGUUUUCUUGGCCACCAACAGCGACUACAAAUACACAGAUAAAAUUAUGACAUACUUGUUUGACUUCCCCCAUGGUCCAAAGCACGGCACUCCACAUCGUCCAUGGCAGUCCUACUUUGACCUGAUUUUAGUGGAUGCUCGGAAACCUUUAUUCUUUGGAGAGGGAACGGUCCUAAGACAGGUGGAUACGACCACGGGAAGACUGAAAAUAGGUACAUACACUGGACCUCUACAACAUGGCAUUGUCUACUCCGGAGGUUCCUCUGACAUUUUAUGUGACCUGCUCGGAGCGAAAGGGAAGGAUAUUGUGUACAUUGGGGAUCAUAUUUUUGGGGAUAUCCUCAAGUCCAAGAAGCGACAGGGCUGGCGGACAUUCCUUGUGAUUCCUGAAUUGGCUCAGGAGCUGCAUGUGUGGACAGACAAGAGCUCUCUGUUUGAGGAACUGCAGGGCUUGGACAUUUUCUUGGCAGAACUAUACAAGCAUUUGGACAGCAGCAGCAAUGAGAGGCCAGAUAUCAGUGCCAUCCAGAGAAGAAUGAAGAAAGUAACUCAUGACAUGGACAUGUGUUACGGUAUGAUGGGGAGUCUCUUCCGCAGUGGCUCUCGGCAGACUCUGUUUGCAUCUCAGGUGAUGCGUUAUGCUGACCUGUACGCUGCUUCAUUUAUCAACCUGCUAUAUUACCCCUUCAGCUACCUGUUCAGAGCAGCACAUGUGCUGAUGCCCCAUGAGUCUACAGUGGAGCACAGCCACGUGGAGACAGACACAGAGUCUCCUCUGGCCACACGUAACCGCCACUGCGUGGAAUGCAAGGACACGGACUGCAAAAGAAACCAGCUCACACGCUCUAUCAGUGAAAUCAAACCGCCCCACCUGUUUGCUCAACCACCACAGGAAAUCACACACUGCCACGAUGAAGAUGAUGACGAAGAGGAGGAGGAAGAGGAGGAAGAGUAGAUGUCGUUAGGCCCCUUCUAGGGUAAAGAUCCAUAGGGAGAUAAUGAUAGAGUGAUAAAGAUGAUGAUAUUGUGUGGUAUAGAUGAGGAAGAGUGGAUAUAUAAAGUAGAUCUUGGAUAAACAAGCUCAAGCUCAAACAGCUAUGUGGAUAGUACUAGAGUUUGGUUCACCCUGAACUGACUGUUUCUUUCUUUUAAAUGAAAAAAAGAAAAGAAAGAAUGAAUGUUCCUUUGUUUUCAAGAAAUCAUUUUCAAGAAGUGAUUUUUGUAACGAUGGGGGUGGGAUCUGGAAUUGUUUUCAAUAUGGGUAGAAUCAUCAUUAAAUCAGCUCAAAUGUGAUAGACAUCCAGUGAAAACAGUGAAGGGAUAUAGUGCUUUACUUUACUGUGAGCUGGUGGUAAAAUGCAUAAAUUUACAUUAGAUUGUCUUGUAUGCAUCAUACUGUGACACAAACACACAGAAAAUAAUCGAAGCCUAUUAGUAUGAGAGAAGAGCCGAUUGCAGUUGUUUGGUCCUUACACAUACUGCACACAGCUUAUUAUAUUCAGAAUAUAAUGGUCCAGUAUUUUAUAUUAUUCUGUUUAGACACUGACCUUUUAUUAUAACUUUGAUUUGCCAGUCCAUCCAGUCAGAUUAGUUUAGUUGUAGCUACCUCCUGCAAAAACGGUAUCAAUAACUGUCUCUUAGAAAACUGUGUAUGUUAGCAGAGUGUCUGUGUUGAAGUCUGCAUGUGUUAUGAAUGUGAAUGAAGCACAGAGAAACUGAAGCACAGGGUUCAGCGUGACGUGAGUAAGGAAGAGCGGCCAACACAAGAAUCCAGUUACUUGGCAACAGCAUGCAGGAAGUUUCUGUUUUUUUAGGAGUUUAUUGUUACCCUGAUGUUUUUCCAUCUAUUAUUUUAAUGCAGAUAUAUUGGCAAAAUGUAAUGCUAUACAGUAGCUAUCAACAGAUGCUUCUUGUAUUACAAAGAAUUCCCAAAAUUAGUAUUCCUGAACACACACAGACACACAUAUUUUCAGGACCUUCCCUAAUUUUGGCAAAGCCAGUAUAUGACAUACUGCAUUUUUUUAUACUGUUAAUAUACUGUAAGUUGGACACAAAAGUCCAUGUCACCUGUCAUUAAAGUGAUACUGUUAAACAGUAUUUAUGUCACAAACUAUUCAAAAAUUAAAUAUACAGUAAGUGACCUUGAUAUGCAAAAAAUAAAUAGUUUUAUGGCCUGAGUAGUAGAUCUUUAAAGGAGCUUAUCAUUACACAUCAAUAAUCAGGGUUGGGGAGUAACGAAAUACGAGUAACGGGAAUACGUAUUUAAAAUACAAAAUAUAAGUAACUGUAUUCCACUACAGUUACAAUUUAAAUCAUUGGUAUUUAGAAUACAGUUACAUUCAAAAAGUAUUUUGAUUACUGAAGUUUACUUUGCAUUUUAUUGUCAUUUGUUUCAUUUAAUAUUUAGUCCUUUCAGAUGGAAAACAUUUAUACAUAUAAAUUGUGUGAUCCAAAGUGCAUUUGAACAGUGGUGAAACACUUUCUUAUGAUGCAUUACAUUCAUACGAGCAGACAGAAGUAAGUUUGGAGCAGAAGAAAUAGAAAUAAACCUUGUGUAAAUUGUCAGCUUUACGCUAAGCUAAAAUGCUAUUUCUAGCCAUUUUACAUGCACAUGUUACCAGGCACGAUCAUAUUUUUUUAUCAAGAAAAUUCACGUUGGAUCAUAAUUUCUUUUUUUCUAGUAAGACCUUUGAUAUUAGGGCAAAAAUCAUAUUCUUGAUAAUAAUUUUUGUAUUGUUUUCCUGUAAAAAUAUCUAAAAAUCCUUAAAACAAGAUCAGUUUGAUUCAUCUUGUUUUAAAAACAACACUGCAUAAAAUUUUUAGGUUUUUCAGAGAAUGUAUUUUUUAACGUGUAUUUUGUCUUACUGUACUGAGUUUUUAUAGUCAAAACAAGUGAAAAAAAUCAAAGAAGUAAUCCAAAGUAUUUAGAAUACGUUACUGACCUUGAGUAAUCUAACGAAAUACGUUACAAAUGACAUUUUACAGCAUGUAUUUUGUAAUCUGUAGUGGAAUACAUUUCAGAAGUAACCCUCCCAACCCUGUCAAUAAUAAGAAAUUGAGAUCAAACACGGAAAUGUAUAGGUCAUUGUGAGGAUAACGUUAACAGCUGGGCAUUGUGAAACUGAUGUGAUAGGUUUGGUAACAGAGAAUUCUGUUGCUCUGGUGAUUGUUUCUAUGGAAAUGAAUGCAGUCCUGGCUAAUGUUUGAAAUCUGUUGAUGGUUUACUCCCAUGUGGACCAAUACGGUGUAGAGAAAUUGUGCUAUUUUUAGCUGAAAGGGUUUAGACCCUUUUAGAUGUGUAACCGAACAGCAAGAAUGUGGAAGCCAGUGAGUUUGUAAAAUAUAUCAUUAGGAUGGAAGAGGUGGGUAGUGUUCAGAGUGAAUGAAACAGGUAGAAGAUUAGGAAUAUCCAUGUGGAUUACAUAUGCAUUACUCAAAAAUAAUAUUAUGUAGGAUUUGAUUGAAUUAAGAUACACAAUCCAUAUUGCAACAUGUAUCACUCAUAUGCAUAUUGUAAGUGUAUAUUGUUUAAAUUCUAGAGAACUUAAUUUUUUAUAGAUAUGAAAGUCCAUUUUUAAAAAGGGAAGACCAAGUAUGAAUGAUGUGAAACCUUGAUCUGGUAUAAAGGUUUGUGGUGAGGCAAACAUUUGUUUUCUAGGUUUUAAAGGUCUCCAAGAGUUUCCAAGAAACCAGUAAAAAAGGUUUAGAUAGAGAUUUUUUUAAAAAGGAUAUUUUGUAUGUGUAACUUUUAGUUUAUAGUUUGAUAGAAACUGGACGUCCUAAAAUGGGGCAGCUCUUACAAAAUAUGCUUGUUCUUGGUCCCAGUCUUAUAGAGACCACAGUAUGAAGUGAACUGUCAAGGUUGUACAUGACCUGGUCAAAAAGAUCCAACAUCUCCCUUAUAUUUGUGUUUAUUAGCUUUUUACAUAGUAUUCUUUAUGGUAUAUAUAUAUAUAUAUAUACAUACAUACACACACACACACACACACACACACACACACACACACACACACACACACUGGCAGCCAAAAGUUUGGAAUAAAGAAAUUGGUACUUUUAUUCAGUUGGCAUUCAACUGAGCACAAUGUAUAUUCAGGACAUUAUAAUAACAUGAAAAAUUACUAUUACAAUAAAAAAAUAUAACAAAAAUCAGAACUUAAACUACUUCAAAGAGUUCUCAUCAAAAAAUCCUCCACGUGCAGCAAUGACAGCUUUGCAGAUCUUUGGCAUUCUAGCUGUCAGUUUGUCUAGAUACUCAGGUGACAUUUAACUCCACACUUCCUGUAGCACUUGCCAUAGAUGUGGCUAUCUUGUCAGGCACUUCUUAUGAACCUUACUACAGUCUAGCUGAUCCCACAAAAGUUCAAUGGGGUUAAGAUCCAUAACACUCUUUUCCAAUUAUCUGUUGUCCAAUGUCUGUGUUUCUUUGCCCACUCUAACCUUUUCUUUUUGUUUUCUGUUUCAAAAGUGGCUUUUUCUUUGCAAUUCUUCCCAUAAGGCCUGCACCCCUGAGUCUUCUCUUUACUGUUGUACAGGAAACUGGUGUUGAGCGGGUAGAGUUCAAUGAAGCUGUCAGCUGAGGACAUGUGAGGGGUCUAUUUCUCAAACUAGAGACUCUGAUGUACUUAACCUAUUGUUUAGUUGUACAUCUGGGCCUUCCAUAUCUCUUUCUGUCCUUUUUAGAGCCAGUUGUCCUUUGUCUUUGAAUACUGUAGUGUAUACCUUUGUAUGAAAUCUUCAGUUUUUGUCAAUUUCAAGCAUUGUAUAGCCUUUAUUCCUCAAAACAUUGCCUGACUGAUGAGUUUCUAGAGAGAGCUGUUUCUUUUUUGCCAUUUUUGACCUAAUAUUGACCUUAUGACAUGCCAGUCUAUUGCAUACUGUGGCAACUCAAAAACAAACACAAAGACAAUGUUAAGCUUCAUUUAACGAACCAAAUAGCUUUCAGCUGUGUUUGAUAUAAUGGCAAGUAAUUUUCUAGUGAUUAGCAAUUUAGCAUGAUUACUCAAGGAUAAGGUGUUUGAGUGAUGGCUGCUGGAAAUGGGGCCUGUCUAGAUUUGAUCAAAAAUGUAUUUUUCCAAAUAGUGAUGGUGCUGUUUUUUUUUACAUCAGUAAUGUCCUGACUAUACUUUGUGAUCAGUUGAAUGCCACUUUGGUGAAAGUACCAAAUUCCUUCCGAAACAGCAAAAUCUGUACAUUGUUCCAAACUUUUGGCUGCCAGUGUGUGUGUGUGUGUGUGUGUGUAUAUGGAUGUGGAUUAAAACUAGUCCUGGACUAGUUUACACUGGUGUUGGCAAUUGUUCUUUUUAGUCUGAUUGUCUAUGCAAGGGAAACUGGCCAGUGAUCACACAAAGGAUUUGUACCAUAGAAAAGCAUUGAGUUUGAACAGUAUUCGUCCAGAAGGCAUUGUUUUGCAAGGGCAGAAUAAACUGCUGAAGUGAUUGUUUUUAUUCAGCAAAGAGUGAGCUAGUCAUCAUCCUAGAUACCUCCUUAAUGGGUGAAGAUAUAAUCCCUUCAGUCACAGGUACAGUAGCAUUGCACGUGCAUACGUCUCUAUUUGAACCAGUGCUUUUGUAUUCCUAUAUUUUGCCAUAGUUCAGUUAUAUGUGUUAAACCUGCCAAUAACAUAUAAUAAUAAAUAUUUGUUUUCUAUUUUUUACAUUUUUUCUAAUUUCUGGGAAGAAAGAAAAAAUUUGUUUAUGUUGAAAACUGUUUCAUUAGCUUUCAGAUUAGCAAAGGAAAAAAGUGCUAAUCUGUGCUGUCUAUAAAGAUAAUUAAGAGCAAAAUAGCCACGCCGUUUAUUAAUCCCCCAUUUUUUGUUGUUUUGUUGUUGUUGUUUGCUUGUUUGUUUAGGGCAUGUGAUUUCAUGUCUCCAAAAUUCAUGUUUGCUUCCUGAAAUAUGAUUUUCUGAUUUACAGAGUUCUAAACUUAUACUGUACGUAUUGGAAAUUACAUUAAAUAAAGAUAAUUUUACAUAAUAAAUUCA